AUGGUCAACUCUUGUGGCUCUGUCUGCUCUGACCAGGGCUGUGGCCAAGGCUGCUCUCAGGAGACCUGCUGCCGCCCCAGCUGCUGCCAGACCACCUGCUGCCACCCCUGCUGCUGCCCCAGCUGCUGCCAGACCACCUGCUGCCACCCGAGCUGCUGUGGCUCCUGCUGCUGCCGCCCCUGCUGCGGCUCCUGCUGCUGCCGCCCCUGCUGUGGCUCCUGCUGCUGCCGCCCCUGUUGUGGCUCCUGCUGCUGCCGCCCCUGCUGCGGCUCCUGCUGCUGCCGCCCCUGCUGCGGCUCCUGCUGCUGCCGCCCCAGCUGCUGCAUUUCUAGCUGCUGCCGCCCCUCCUGCUGCGGCUCCUGCUGCUGCCGCCCCUGCUGCUGCCCCUGCUGCUGCCUCCGCCCAGUCUGUGGCCAGAUCUCCUGCCACACCACUUGCUAUCGCCCCACCUGUGUCAUCUCCACCUGCCCCCGCCCCAUGUGCUGUGCCAUCCCUUGCUGCUGA